GACAGCACUAUCGAGAACGCAUUCCUUAUUUUGGCAAAUACGUGACAUUUUCGUUGCAAGCGCCAAGUCAAACUCGCCGGAGGCCAUUCCCCGCCGGUGCAACUACAUUUUCCGGGAGAAUGGAGGGAAAGAGGGGAGAGGAAAUGGGAGGGAGUAGACGGACGGAGUACAGGAUGCGGGAGAUUCUCAACGAAUCAUCAGUGCAAGAAAUCCGUGCCGACCUCCGAGACUGUAACAUGGACUUUGAGAUAGCUAAUCAGAGGCUUCUCGCCCAGGAUGAUGGUUUGGCUGUCAAUUGUGAAGAUACUCUUCAAGAGGUUGAGAGGAAGCACAUAAAAGGAAAAGAGCCUAUUGAGAAGAUGCAGGAUAUUGGCACUAGUGAUGUCUCGGGUCAUGGAUCUAGAACCACUGGUAACCUUAAUGUUGGGCAUGCUGACCCAGUUCAAAUCAGCUCACACGGUAUGGCACGUACUCGGGGGGGAGGAGUAGAGGGAGCUAGCCCAUCUUCAUUUCGUCAGCGUCUGACAACUUCCACAAGGAGGAGAAGGGUAGAGGGUGAUGAUGGUCGGCAUGUAACUGAUACAUCCAUCCCAGAGUCGGUGACGCAUAUUCCUGAGCAGCCAGGUACUUUUGACUCAUCAUCUCCUAGUGCUCCGGAGCAGCCAUCUACUAGUGUUACAGAGCGAUCGUUAGGAGAUGAUAUUACUGAACCAUUUUUGGGAGGCCCGGAAGAUCUAUCAAUUUUAAAGAGUUUUAAAAAUCAUGUUGCUGUUAGCAUAUGGGCUGGAGAGGAAAGAGGUGUAUUGAAGUGCAAUAGCCAUGGACAAAGAAUUCCCGAUUGGCCAUUAGCAAAUCAACAUCGUAUUCGUGAUGCUGUCGCAAGAUCUCGAUUGACACCUUUGAUAGAAUGCACGUAUAGAUUUGUGAAUCCUACAGUUGUGUCAGCUUUUUCAGAGAGAUGGCAGCCAGAGACUAACACAUUUCAUCUACCAUUCGGUGAGAUGACAGUCACACUAGAUGACGUUGCUACUAUUUUGAAGAUACCAGUUGCUGGUAGCCCUGUAUCAGUCCCCCAUUUGUCAGGUAAUGAAGCUCGUGACUUACUAUGUCGUUUACUUGGGGUCUCAGCAGUAGAAGCAGCAAGACAAAUAGCGGAGACUCGGGGACCGUAUGUGAAGUUAGAUUGGCUGAGAAGAACGUUUAUGAACAUACCAGAUUCAGCUCAGGAUGAAGAGAUGUACAAUGCCAGUAGGGCGUAUUUGUUAUUUUUAUUAGGUUGUACAUUAUUUGUAGAUAAGAGUGGUACCAUGAUUUCAGUUUCCUAUCUGGCAUUGUUGGAAGACUUAAGUGUAUCUGGUACAUAUGCAUGGGGGGCUGCUUGCUUGGCAUAUUUAUAUAGGCAGUUGGGUAUUGCGAGUAGAAGAGAUGUCAAGGGAAUCUGUGGAUAUCUGACAUUACUUGAGGCGUGGAUAUACGAACAUUUUCCAUUAACUAGAAGUAAACAUAACUUAGCAUAUACUGACGAGUUACCUAGGGCUCAUCGUUGGCUUCCUGUUCGUGAGUAUGAUUCUUUGCAAUCUUUGCGAGAGCAACUUGAUGACUUAACUACAGAUCAGGUCAUAUGGACACCACAUGAGAGGCAUCGUGCACAACACCCACUACAUGAGAUUGCGUUCUUCUCCGGAUGUCUUAAGUGUGGAAGUGUGAUUGAGCCAUAUCAUCCGGAGAGGGUUUUGCGACAAUUUGGGCAUGUGCAAAAUAUACCUCCACCCCCAUUAUCCCCUGUUGAAGUCAAGCGGGGUACAACUACAACAACAUAUAAGGUAAUUUAUGAUUUUAUCAAUGAUAGUUGGACUCGCUGGGAUUUUCACUUAUUGCCAGCACAUCGACGGGGUGAACGUGCCCUAGUACCAUGGGAGUACAGUGAAGACUACUUGACGUGGUAUCAGCGCAUUACGCAUCGAGUCAUACAAAACCCUGCAAAUAGAUCAGGGUUUGACAGAGGUGAUCAAGAUAGAGUCACCAUGGCUGAUGUGCUCAUCAGGGCAGCACUGUCUCCUCUCAGUCACGUUAUAUCAGGUGGAUCCACUCAGGAGGUAGAUGCGUGGAGACGGGUGUGUCUUCAGGUAUAUGGUAUUCUAUUCACUUCUAGUGGGUUUCAUGCAACAAUAUCGUCCCGUGGCGAGUGUGAUGCUGUGCCUUCAAGUGUGGUCCGACCAUCGACGGUGGUUACAUCACCUCCAGCACCCAUUAUAAAUCCACUACUUGCAAGUUCAGAUCCACAUCAUCCAGCCCCAAGCCCUCAUCAAGAGACAAGAAAAAGGAAGGAUAGACAAUAAAUUUUUGUUGUAAUCUGAGACGUUAAUAUAUUUGGUGCAUAUACAGUAAUAUAUUUGAUGUAUAUCGUUGCUGUCACUAUUUCUUCUUCAUGUAUAUAUAUUAUUGGACCAGAUUAUAAAUAUAGUAUAAUAUAUAUAUAUAUAUAAUAAUUCAAGAGAAACUAACGAAAUACAAAUUCAUUUCACCCUUUGACAAACCAUGAAUCUAUAACAUUCAUCAAUAAUUUAGAAUAUUUAACUUGAGGAAAAAAAAAACACAAAUUAUAAACUUUAAUCAUGGGUCAGUUAAAUCAAAUACAUCUUGUGUUAGAUAAGUUUGUGAGCAGAAGAUUUACAAAACAAGAGAUUAGUGCAAUAUAAUCGACAAAACAAAAUACGAAAAUAUACACAAAGUAUAUGAAGGCUCAGAUAUGAGCAACAAAUUACCACUUAGGUAACUCCAAGAAUAAGGCCACCAAGCCCCAACAAAACCCAGCCCAGAACCACCUAACUGUUCUCCUUUCUCUCGAUUGAAAGCAUGGCUAACACGAGCAUGGACUAACAUAAGUAAUGGGUUGGGCUUCUCCAUCUCUUGAGCAAAUGGGCUUAGGCCCAUUCCUCCUCUAAAGAGAUAGUAAAUGGGCUUAUGGCCCAACUUCAAAUUAGGCUGCCAAUAAGUGGUGAUACGGAUUAAUGCUUCAAUCAUGGGCUGAAGCCUAUGAAGAUUAUACUUGCCCGAGACAUCAUCAUCGCCUUGGGUCUUAUUCGGAAACACAACCUAAGAAUCAUGCGUAGAUAAGUCAAAAAUUUCCUUUGUUGCCACAUCUUUAUCAAUUAGAGAUAAAAAUACCUGAAUUCUGGAUAUGUAUGGCGUUUCCGAAUUAUGUGUACUAUCACAUUGAAAUCUGUACCAGUUUCGUGCGAUGGGAGGAAUUGGUGAGCUUGGCUUGAGAAAUACUUGACAAAUGACAUACGAAACAAAAAUAUAAAUAACAAACGUAUGAAUACUUAAUUGUAUAAACAAAUAAAUAACAAAACAAUUAAGAAUACCUACACAAAAUGACAGUUAUUCACAAAUCCUAUAGUAAUCAUCAUGUGUUGUACUAUUGGAGAAGGGAUCGAUCUGAGUGGAAGAUAUGUAAAAUACUGAAUCCGUGACAAAUGCACUAAGACGAUAUUGUAUUUUGGAGCAAUUAAAUAGCCCAUGUUAGGUAAAGUCAUCCAAUGCUCGCAUGGUGUAAUGUCAUCAAAGCGAUACAAUAUCUGUAGCAACUCAUCUACACGCAUGUCUGAUCCAUAUAAUUGCGUAUACUUCGCACGAAAAGAUUGCAACUCUCCUAUAAGACUGAAACGAAUAUCUCUCUAGCUAUGCUCACUCAUAUUAAGUAACCCUGCUAUUGCACAAAAUCUAUAAUGUCCAUCUGAUUCUACAUUAACAAUACUAUGCACGAACGGUUGUAUUUGUGGUGGGAAACAAGCAUCAUACCCCUUCAGUCGGUCUUUGUUUCUCUUGGAUAUCCGUGUUGUUAGGGAUGUACUGUUUUGACCAGAUUGAACUAUUUCAAACAAGGACGGGUCACGUUUGGUGGAUGUAUCAACCUGAAUUUUCUUCUUCGAUGUUGGCUUACCCUUCAUCCUAACUUUCACGAUUGGUGGUUAUAGUGAAGUCUUCUCUGGAUUAACUAUUUCUCUCAACUUUUGCUUUAAUACUAGCUUCACUGGCUCUAGUUCUGAAUUAAACAUUUUAUAUAUACUCUCAAUCUCUGGUUCAAUGCUUACCUGGGAUGACACACCAUCAUAAGAUGACUGCACUACCUGUAACCUUGUCCAAUGAGGAUGCACAGUUGACAAAGGAAUUGGUUGUCCUUGUAUCACGAACUCUGCAAUUUCAUGUGCACAAGGUAAACCAUAUGUGCUUCUGAUCACACAUUCACAUGAAACUAUGUCUAUCCCAAUUUUAUGAGCCAGUUGCGAUUGUAUUAGCAUCAUAUUCAAUGCACUUCUCGAUAUAACACCUCGCAAUUCUCUAAAAAUUGUUGGCUUGAAGUUAUGUUGCACCAACGUUAAGCUUUUUUCUAACGACCCCUUAAUCUCUAUAUGUUGUAACUCAAUAAGAGUGUUGAUAAUUGUCCAUGAUGACUCUAAGUCACCUUGAGAAAAUCCAAGAUGUCUCUUCAGCUUUUCAUGUGCACUCUCAGCCUUGUUCGUAGUAACAUUGCCAAAAUGCAUUAUUCUAUUUGUCUAUGUUGCAACAAAUUUUUCCUUAUUCAACCAUGUCUUUCUCACAUAAUUAAGUGCGCCUUCAUAUGCAUGGUACUCAAGUGUUAACUUAUACAAACGACGUUCAUACUCAUUCUUAGUCGACGCAAAAACAACGAGAUUCCAACUUAAUAUAAAUUUCUCCCAUGUCUCCUUUCUAUCAAAUAACUUCUUACAUUUGACGAGCGCAUUUUUUGAUAUAUGCCACCUACACAACAAGGUGCUCGUGGUUGGAAACACUUUUUGUAUUGCAUUCAUCAAUCCCAAUUCUCUGUCGGUUACAAUUACUCCUGGAAACGUAUUAGGAGUCAUUAUACUCUUUAAUUUCUCCAUUGUCCAUGUGUAGUUAUCCUCAUAUUUAUGAUCCAUAAAUGCGAAUGCAACAUAAAAAGUUAGCUCAGUUGACGUCAUACCAACGAUCUCUAGCAGUGGAUACUUAUAUCUAUUAGUUUUGUAUGUAUAGUCCAUUAUUAACACAUGUGGAAAUAUUUUAAAUAACUCUAUAGUCAUCGGAUGAGCCCAAAAUAAGUCUGUCAUACAAUAUGAUAAUCUAUUACUUCUAUGCCACUCCACAUAAUUACAAUCUUUAAAUUUUUUCAUCAACUGUUGUAUUUGUGAUCGACCACCUUUAUCCAUGACUCUAUAUCUUUGUCGUGCAUUAUAUAUAGUUUUGAUGGUACUCAUAUUUUUUUCAUCUUCUGCCUUUAAGGUCAUCAAAAUAUUUCUAGGCUUCACAAGAUUGUUAGACAUUGUUAUCAUAAUUUCUUUCUCUUUCUCUAUAAGUCGAUCAGUAUAUGAAUGACCCUCAAGUUGAGCUGCUGGUAGAUGGUUGUGCAAUCCACAUACAACCUUUAACAUCCAGUGUUCAUUUGAAAAUUGAACACCAAGUAAUUCAAAUGGACAACCACACUUUUUAGAACCUGUCGCCCUACAUUUUGUUUCUCCUAUUGCCUCAUCUCCUUUUUUUGAUGGUUUAUACUUUCCACUUCGUUCACAAGCAAGACAAACUUUAGGAUUUCUUUGUGUACCCCCAAAUUCAAAACUCUUUAUCACAAUAACCAUUUCAUUUUCUUUUCCAACUGUGUUAGCCCAUUCAAUAAGUGCUUCCCUAUUACUGAAAAUCUCAUUACUAAUAAAAGUUUGACUAGCAUCAAACAACAAAGCAUUCUCAUUUUCUAAAUUCUCCAAAUUUUGAUGAUCAAAUCCCUAUUAUCAAAACAAAAAUAAGAUAUAUAAAUUACAAAAUUAAAAAUAACAAGAUAUAAACAAAACAUAAAUAAGAUAUAUAAAUUAAAAAAUGAAAAAUAACAAGAUAUAAAUAAAACAGAAUGAAGACAUAUAAAUUUAAAAAAUUAAAAACAAUCGCGGGUACCCGAAUGGAAUUGCGAGUCGGGGAAACUCGAGGGUUCCUAACCGCAAGGCGUUGGGGAACCCUGGGUUCUUGACCCCUCCAAGUCGGGGAACCCAAGCUUCCCCGACCAUGAACUUGCGUGGUAGGGGACCCUCGGGUUCCCUGACUCCAACCCCCACGGUUGGAAUCCACCCAUUCUGACGGACUCUGCUGAUUUUGGUUUCCAGUAGUUAAUGGCAUUGGUAAUGAAUCCAAAAUUACAAAUAAAAUAACGUACCAGAACAUCGAGGUGCUGUUGUUGUUGCUGUUCAUUGUCGUCCACGAGCUACUGCUCAUUGUCAUCUUCUCCAUAAAACUCUUCCCAUCUCAUCAAUUUUUUUUUAUGUAAUCAUCCAUUGUAUAUAGAGAAAAGUAGAAGAGUAGAAAGAGAACGAGCAGAAAGAGAAGAGAAAUAGAGAAAUUGUUGUAAGUAAUUGGAAAAAUUCGCAGUAAGUGAUCAAAGAUUGGGCUGCAAAGAGUAAAUAAGGAAGAAGAAAAAGUGGUUGCGUAAAGGGUAAUAAAGGCAUUUUAAUGCAGGGUAGUUGAGGAAUAUUAAAUGUGGGCUGUGAAGAGUAAUUUUGUGGGUUGCCAAUAGAAUUUCCCUUGAGUGAUUGAUUUGAGUUGCUUUGAUUUAUAUUGUAAUCUACAGUUGUAAAGUCUUCCUUUUUUGCACAUAUUUCCUAAGCUAGUUUAGGCAUCUAUCUAAUUAGAAAUAUUCCUAAUUAGACUUAGGAAGCUGCCUAUUGUAAUAGGCGUGUAUAUAUAUGUUGUUUGUGCCUAAGGAUUAAUAAGAUUUUGGAUUGUUUUUGCUGUCUCCUUUGACAUGGUGCCAGAGCCCUAGGUUCUAUUCUUGAGCAAUUGUGGCCGAAACCUUUUUUUGAUAAAAAAUCUUCCUUGAUAGAAUUUGAGGCAUUGUAGCCGACCCCACAUAGUGGGAUAAAGGCUGGAUAUUGUUGUUGUUGUUGUUGUUGAUAGAAUUUGAGGCAUGUUCGAAACCACAGAAUCCGAUAGCACCAUUCCCUUGUCACUGGCAGUUCCAAUGGAGGGAUAAUUUAUGGUGGUGAUUUACAAAACAUCCAAAUUGCUUACCAAUUGAAUGGGAAGAACUACCUUAAGUGGUCCAAGUUAAUUAGGAUGUUCCUGAAAGGCAAGGGGAAGUUAAGCCACUUGCUUGGAACGGGUCCAAAAGAAGGUGAUCCUACAUAUGCAUCUUGGGAUGAGGAAGACUCUCUUGUGAUGUCUUGGCUCUGGAACUCAAUGAUUCGAGAUAUCAGUGACACUGUAAUGUUCCUUUCCACAGCUAAGGAGAUUUGGGAUGCUGUGAAGAUGACAUACUCGAAGGUAAACGAUGUUGCUCAAAUCUAUGAAAUUAAGAGUAAAGUAACAACCACUAAACAAGGGACUAGAUCUAUAACUGAGUAUGCAAAUAUUUUGUGAACCUUGUGGUAAGAAUUGGAUCACUAUUAAUGUAUCCAAAUGAAAUGUAGUAAGGAUAUUGUAAUCCAAAGGAAGUUUGUGGAAAAGGAGAGAAUCUACGACUUUCUUGCAGGCCUCAAUAUGGAAUAUGAUACUGUUAGAGUCCAAAUCCUUGGCAAAUCUGAAUUGCCUUCGUUAAAUGAAGCAAUUUCAAUAGUACAAGCAGGAAAAGGCAGAAGAGGAGUGAUGUUGGAAACAAGUUCUUUGGAAAAUUCAGCACUGUUGGCAUUGAAAGGGUUCAGUAAGGAGAGAAUGGCAAGGGAGGAAAGAAAAACUUCAGAAUUAGUAAGAGAACCACAACCAAGGAUACCUUGUAGCUAGCUAAAGGAGGACAAUUCAAAGGCCAAGCUUAUGCCAGCCAAUAGAGUGAGGUAGGGUGAAUUGGGACCACAACCCAAGAGGGGGUUGAAUUGAGUUAUUUUAAAACUAUAAUUGCACUUGAAAUUCUUUUUUAUGAAAUAUGAGAAUUUUAAGGCAAAUGAGGGUAAAUGGGGAUUUUGCUUAGUAUAAUAAAUGAAAUGGAGAGUAAAAGCAAUAGAGGGACACAAACAAUUUAUAGUGCUUCAGACAAAUGGCUUAAUCCACUCCCUUAACUCUUCACUAAGAAUUUUAAACGCUUUACUAUAGCCUCCUACUUGAUCACAAGUAGGCCCUCUAGUCCCCAAGGCUAAGAAAUACAAUCCUCCUACUAUCAAUGUAAGCUCUCUAGCACACUUGUUAGGAAAAUACACAAGAUUUUACAAAAGAUAGAGUCUAAGAUAUUAACCUCUUAGUUACAAGAACGCUCAAACAAAUAAAUGCAAGGCUUGAAUGAGUACAUACAAAUGAAGAGCAAAGCCUUUGAGAAAAAUUUACAACACUUGAGCACUUGAGAGUAGUUAGAACACUAAAAGCUUGCAAUCAAUGUCUCUAACCCAUAAAUGCACCAUCAAGCCUGAAUUUAUAGAGGAAGACGCUUGCUUCCAAAAAUAUGGUCGUUGGUGGUAGUUGGGGCGCAUUUAAUGAACUGACGAACUAGCCAUUGGAAGUUUCUGCAACAAAAACAAUUAACAGAUUCAAAGAAUCGGUUGACAAGUUAGUUCAAGAAUUUGAAAAUCGGUCGACACUAAGAGCAAAAAUGGUUGAUAUGACCAAAAGUGGUCGACCGGUUUACUUACAGUGGCUGUUGACCGCUCAUGGCCGAGAGCCUAAAAAUAACCGGUCGACAGGCUUUUUGAAGUCGGUCGACAGUUCCUUAAAAUCGGUCGACAACUUAUCCUUUACUUUUUCAAAUAGCUUGCCCCAUUUUCUCCAACAUUUUAAUACCAAUUUUGAAAUAUAUUUUUGGAGAUUCAUUUGAGACAUAAGACUUUGUUUUUCCAAUCUCCAUCAAGAAAUAUUGAGAGAAAUGAUUUGCAUUUUAGCAAAGUGUUUGAAAUUGAUUUUCAUUUGAGACCUUUGAAACCAAAAUCAUUUCAUAACUUGGUUUUUAAGACACAAAUAUAAAACUAGUGUUUUUCAUCAUCAAAACAAAAACCAAGAGAAAAAUAACAAGGUUCAACACUCACCCAGGCCUAUUCUGUUGCUCGGAGUCACACCAAACCCAAAACCAUCCCUUUGAAUUUCAAUCAAGAUUGUUUCUUGAACCUACGCCCCAAGAAUCAUCAGUCUUUCUCUUCUGCGAGUCGAUUGGCUUCGUUGAUCUUCCUGCAUUUGCUUCUUGCGGCUCGGUCACUUCCGACACUGCUUGCUUUUUGUCGGAUCAAACCCUCAAUUCACUGCUCAAGAUUUCUGCCCAAAUUGAAAGAUUCACAGCUAAGAAUUAAUUGGCUUUGAUACCAAUGGUCACGACCCUAGAUUUUCCUAAGAUUUAGAAUGGAAUUUUGGAGGAAUUUGAAGAAGAAAGAACAAAAUGGAGGGAGAAAACAGAACAAAAAGAGGGAGAAAUUGAGAAUCAAAGGGAAUGGUUUGGAUGAAGAGAGAGAGAGGGAAACAGCCUGAUUUCAUUCAAUUCAUCGAUAGGCCCUAUUCUCUAAUCUAUAGCCUAUUUAUAGGCUGUUUACAUCUAUUCAGUUAUUACCCAACUAACAACUCAAGUACACCCAACACGCUAAGAAAAAUACAAACAAGAUACAAUUACACUAAUGCCAUUAGGAUCAUGACAGAUCUCUCUUAGAAUUUGCGCGAAUGUAAGGUAAGGAUUAGUAGGUUUUAGCAGUUUUUUGUGUAAUU